UCUCGUUCAGUCUCAAAAUGUAAACAGAGAGAAAGUCGUCGCCAUUACCCUGACUGAGCUACGCUGCCUACUUGUCUGUCUGGACUGAAGCGAUUUGCAAGAUCACCGUUGUGGUGCUAAUAACAAAACAGUAUAUCUGGAAAUAUUAACAGUCAAAAUGAAAGACCCAGGCCGUAGCAGCAACAGCCAAGGCUUUAGGCCAAGCGACAUCAUCCUUAAUGGCCAGCUGAACAGUGAAGAGGAUCCCUUUGCUGAGUACAUGUGGAUGGAAAAUGAAGAAGAAUUCAACAGACAGAUUGAAGAGGAGUUGUGGGAAGAAGAGUUCAUUGAGAGAUGCUUCCAGGAGAUGCUGGAGGAGGAAGAACAGGACUGGUUCAUACCAGCACGUGAUCUCCCUCAGCCCCUCAGUCAACUGCAGGACCAACUCAGUGCACUGGUCAUUGGUGAUGGAUGCAUGUUAGAUGACAUUGUUGUAAACAGCAAUCUGAAUCCUAAUGCAAAAGAAUUUGUUCCUGGGAUGAAGUACUGAUUACAGGCCUGUGAAGAAUGUAACUUGUCUGUCACCUGUUGCACUUAAAGCUUUGCCAAAGUUUGCCUAUGCUAUAGGCAAAUACUAUUACAGUCUUGAUUAUGCUUUCUUUUCUUUAGCUGUUGAUCACAAAUAACACGGAGGCCAAAUUAUUAACUCAGAUUAAUUACUUUACAUAAUAUUACAUCAGUACUAAGCAUUUGCCCAUUUUAAGCAUUGAAAUGUGUUCAGAUAUAAAAAGAAAUAUAACAAAAAGUAUAUACUGAGAGGAAAUACAAUUUUGAAGCAGUAAUUGUGUGUAUUCCUGAAGUAGUUAGUAUACGUGACCGACUAUCCCCAUAUCUAUUUUGUUCUGGGCACAGGAGUACAGUUUGGUCAGAUGCUACUCAUAUGUAAUGCAAAAGUUCUUGCGAUAUUUGUACCUUUUCAAAACUAUUGAAGAUAUCCCAUCUUGCUUUUCUCUUCAUUUUAAAUUCAGUAUUCUUGAGUGAAAUGUUGAGGCAUGAAACUAUCACUAGCUAAGAUAUGUUGGUUAUCAUUUUGUGCCAUUUGUGACAUGGCAGAGAAAUGAUACCUUAAAGCUACUGUUAAGCAAGUAUGCUUUGCUACUGUUUCUUUUUUGGUAAUCUCCCAUUUUUACUUUUAUCUUUUGUUGUGGUUAUUGCUUUGCAGUUUACAGUUUACAGUUUUUUCUGUGGUUUUGUGACAUUUGUUACAUUGUUAUUCUAUGUUUCAACUGAGCAUUUGACACUGCCAUGUAGUAUAUUUGAAAUGCUUGAAAAAAAACAUAAAACUUUGUAAAAUAUGUAUAUUUUAAUACAUAUAUAAAUAAAUAUUUGUGGUCCUUUUUGAACUAUAA